UCACUCCGUCUAUCCGCGAUCAGGCCACCCGUCUAACCGACACUCACAUGUGACAGUCUCCACGUGGCGUAGAUCUAACAAACAAAAGGAUUGAAGACUUCUAUGUUAGAUACACGUGUUUUCAAGUAUUCGAGUUUGAAUUAUCCCACGCACAAAAUGCUUCCCCAUAAAAAAAAAAUUGAAGAAAUAAGAAAACUCGAAUCUCGGCUUACUAUAAAAAGCUGUUUUCGCGACAGACGAACAAGCCCCUAUUAAGAAACCCCUUGUAUUUUGCACAAAGAUCUUUUCACAAUUACGGCAUAACAGUAUCGAAUUAUUUUGAAAUUUUUCCAUUUUCGAAUCUGGCAACCUGCCCUCUAUCGGAAAAUUUAAAAAAUACGAGAUGACGUCACUAGAGUUGAUUGCCACGUUUGGACGAAACAUCUGGUAGAUGCUCGUGUGUACAGUACAUGUGACAUAUUGAACAGGAAGCAUGUCAACGUUAGAAGAAUGUCAGCGUCGAAUUAAACAAUUGGAAGAAGAGUUAGAUGCCGAAAGACAGAAAAGCAUGACGAAAGGAAGGAAUAGAAUCUCUGAAAUGAGUUCAGAAGUUGUUGAUUCUAACCCUUAUAGUCGACUUAUGGCAUUAAAGAGAAUGGGAAUUGUUGAUAAUUAUGAGAAAAUUCGUGAAUUUUCUGUAGCCGUUGUUGGAGUGGGAGGAGUUGGUAGCGUCACUGCAGAAAUGUUAACAAGAUGUGGAAUUGGAAAGUUGUUGUUGUUUGAUUAUGACAAAGUAGAACUUGCUAAUAUGAAUAGACUUUUCUUCCAACCACAUCAAGCUGGGUUAAAUAAGGUUGAAGCAGCUGCAAAAACAUUGAGUUUUAUUAAUCCUGAUGUGGAAUUUGAAACUUAUAAUUAUAACAUCACAACUAUUGAUAAUUUCACAGAUUUUAUGGAAAGGAUCAGCCAUGGAUCAAUAGAUAAAAAGAAUCCAGUAAAUUUAGUUUUGAGUUGUGUAGAUAAUUUUGAAGCUAGAAUGGCAAUAAAUACCGCAUGUAAUGAACUUGAUCAAGUAUGGAUAGAAUCAGGUGUUAGUGAAAAUGCAGUUUCUGGACACAUCCAAGUUAUAAUUCCUGGUGAAACAGCUUGCUUUGCAUGUGCUCCACCAUUGGUUGUUGCAUCAAAUAUUGAUGAAAAAACAUUAAAAAGAGAAGGUGUGUGCGCAGCAAGUUUACCAACAACAAUGGGAAUUAUUGCAGGUUUUCUUGUUCAAACAACACUCAAAUAUUUACUUGGAUUUGGUAAUGUAACAUAUUAUGUAGGUUACAAUGCUUUACAAGACUUCUUUCCUACAAUGGCUAUGAAACCAAAUCCUAACUGUGAAGACAGUUAUUGUAGAAAAAAACAGGAAAUAUUUAAAGAAAAGUUGGCCCUUAAACCAAAAGAAAUUGUUAAAGAAGAAAUAGAUGAUACAAUUGUUCAUGAAGAUAAUGAAUGGGGAAUCUGUGUAGUAUCUGAAACAUCUCCAAAUGAGGAAAAUGAAGAAGCUGAAUCUGUUGCGGGAUUAGCAGGAGGGCUUAAGUAUGCUUAUACUAAACCAGCUUCAAACUCAACAGCAGGACCAGUGGUUGGCGAUACCGACGAAUCUCUCGAUGAUUUAAUGGCAAAAAUGAAGGCUCUUUAACAAUUAUUAUUUUUAUUCAUUCAUACAAUUUAAAUAUUAUUUUAAUACUUAUUUCAAGAUGUGUACAAUAGUUAUUGAUGGGGUUUAUAAUUCUUCUUAUUUUCGGUAUAAGAUCUUGUAAAUAAUAUAUGAAAUUAAAUAUGUUUUGUUGAAACUUGUUUUUCAAAUAUAAUAUCAAAUGCGAAACGUUUUACAAAUGACAUCUGUUUUUACAGACCAAUUUGUUACAUUGUAAAAUAGUUUUGCCCGGCUACUAUGGGGAUAAUUAAUUGUCUACCAACAGUUGACAACUCAAAUUUGAAGUAGAAUUUUAAAAUAUGAAUUUUGAAAAAAAAUAUCAGUCAUAUACAACAACAUGGAAACUCUGACAAACUUAUUUUGCCAAAAAUUAUUUUCCAACUGAACUUUCUCUUCUGAUUAAAACAGACUUUGGUCAUUUGUGUUUUACUGUUCAGUUUAAGAUGAACAUUACUGUUUAUGGAAAAGUUUUACUCACAAAUUUAAA